GCGCCUGCGCGGCACCGAGUACGGGAGUGCGGCUGUGCGCCUGCGCGUCACCGAGUACCGGCGGGCAGUUUGAAUUUCGCUCCCGGAGCCAGGUCUCGAGAUCCUACGCUUCCGACCGAGAUUGGGUGGGGGAGGGGGCGGCGUCUCGGCGCCUCGCGACCCCACUGCGUAGGCCCUUUCCUCCCGGACCCGCACGAGAGGCUUAAAGGAUGGCCUCAGAUCUGGAACAGUUAUGCUCUCAUAUUAAUGAAAAGAUUGGCAAUAUUAAAAAAACUCUGUCAUUGAGAAAUUGUGGGCAAGAACCUACCUUGAAGACCAUUUUAAAUAAAAUAGGAGAUGAGAUCAUUGUAGUAAAUGAACUUCUAAAUAAAUUGGAAUUGGAAAUUCAGUAUCAAGAACAAACCAACAGCUCCCUCAAGGAACUCUUUGAAGCUCUCGAAGAAGAUUAUAAAGAUGUGGAGCAUCUCAAAGAAAACAUCCCUCCCCAUUUGCCUCAAGUAACAGUUACCCAGAAUUUUGUUAAUGGCUCAGAUCUAGACCCUGAAGAACCGGUCAAAGUUGAGGAACCUGCACCCGCAAAGAAGCCUCCCAAAGAACAAAGAAGUAUUAAAGAAAUGCCAUUUAUAACUUCUGAUGAGUUUAAUGGCAUUCCUGCGUACAUGAAAUCCCGCUUAACCUAUUGUCACAUUAAUGAUGUUAUCAGAGAAAUCAACAAGGCAGUUGUUAGUAAAUAUAAGAUCCUACAUCAGCCAAAAAAGUCUAUGAGUUCUGUGACCAGAAAUCUCUAUCACAGAUUUAUUGAUGAAGAAACGAAGGAAACCAAAGGUCAUUAUUUUGUAGUGGAAGCUGACAUAAAGGAGUUCACAGCUUUGAAAGUCGACAAGAGGUUUCAUGUGAUACUGAAUAUUUUACGACACUGCCGGAGGCUAUCAGAGGUCCGAGGGAAAGGGCUUACCCGAUAUGUUAUAACGUAAAGUCCUUGUGAGCUUUCGAACCAGCUAACAGAGUUUAGAGGCUGUUCCUAUAGUUUCCUUACAUGUAAUUUUUUAAUAUAUAAUUUUUUUAGCUUUUUCAUUUUCUUUGUUUCUUCUAAAAAUAAAACAUGUAUAUUUUAAAAUCC